CUCCUCAACCUCCAUUCGCUAGACAAAACUAUAAGAAGAAGAAGAAAAGAAGAAAAAGAACAAAGAAACUCACAUUAGCUACUACUUUGAUAUAUAUCCAAAUGGCUGCAAGUACAAACAAACCUCAUUGGGAUGCAAAUACCAACGUGCCAGAACAAAAGAUCCCUACAGAAAAUGGCCUCUUCACGAUUAAAUAUCCUCCAAAAAAACUCAAUAUCAUAUGGGGCAAUGACAGUCGAUACUGGCGCUUACCAGCAGAACCUACUGGUAGUCCUGCAGAAUUGAUACAAGUGUCUUGGCUGGAGGUAACUGGUACAUUCGAUGGAGCAAAAGGCAAGAAGUAUGAAAUAGGGUUUGAAGUAUCAUUGACACCAGAUGCAUUUGGAUGGAAUGGAUGCCAUGUUUACGUGAUGGCCAAGGUAGGUAAAAGGGGAAAAUACUCUUGGAAAAGAUCAUCAUUGGAGAAUCCCAAGACAGGGAAUUUUCAGAUUCCUCUUGAAACUCUUGAUAUCAAAGUUGAUGAUAAUCCCAAUAAUACUGACACCAAGAUCUACUUCGGUAUGUAUGAAGUCUGGAGUGGGAAAUGGAAGGGAGGUCUCAAAAUUUACAACGCAAUCAUCAAAGAGGUUCCUGUAACUCCUCCCCCUGCAACUACUUCAAGUUGAUAAAACAUAUAGACUCUAUUAUCGUUUGUGGUUUGUAUUUCACUUAUUAGAGUAAGUAGAACACGAAUGAGUGUCGAAAUUAAAUAAAGAGUGAUGAUCAGUGGGGCUUAUAUAAACCCAAAUCAUAGACAGUUCCUACAAUAUUUUGUGGGAAAUAAUACAAUAAGAUUGCUAUCAAUAUAUGUACACGUACAUGUAUUUGUGCUUUAUGAAAUAAAUGAAUGAUUUGUAUUUUUGGAGCAGAA